AAGAGCCAUCGAUAACAAUUAUAGAUAUAAAAUAGUAGAUGAUAUUUGUGCUGAAACAAAUUUAUAUACUAUAAUUGGUGUUGAUCGAAACUGUAACUCGGAUGAACUUAGAAAAGCUUACAUCAGUAGGUCACGGAUUUGUCAUCCUGAUAAAUUUCCUGAAUAUCCAAAAGCGACUGAAGCAUUUCAAAAAUUGGCAUAUGCUUAUGAAACGUUGAAUAAACCAUCAACGCGUCGUGCUUAUGAUAUAUCAGGAACUAGUGAUCUAGGUAGUGUCAAUGGUACUGGUGACGAAACUUUACAUGGUGUUUUAUAUCAA